CAGAGGCUGAAGCUUCCUCCUGUGUUCAGCAUCUGAUAUCAGAAGGGGAGGAUUUGCAGACAGAAAUCUCAAAACAGACAUCACCUCAAGAUCUGACAGAGUCACUUGAUUCAUCAGGACCUGAAUAUCAUUGGCCUUUGAAUCUGGAAGGAGAAAUAUUUGUCUGUUCUGUCUGCUUCAAAACAUUUUAAACAACAGUGUGAUGAGAAAAGUACUGAGACACACACACACACCCAAGUGCACUGACUUGAAAGAGCUUUAACUAGUUACACAUCCUGAAAAAAAAAUCGCACACACAUGUCCAGUGUGUGGAUGAGGCUUCAACUGAUCAUCGAACCUGGAGAGACACAAGGACACUGGCACCAUGCAGAAACCGUGGAAAUGUGGAGACUGUGGGAAGGAAUCUCGUUCCCCAUCUGAGCUGGAAAUUCAUCGACGUAGUCACACUGGAGAGAGGCCAUUCACCUGCUCUGAGUGUGGGAAGGGAUUCACUCAUUUAAACAGCCUGCAGACACACCAGCGAGUUCACACUGGGGAGAGGCCGUUCACCUGCUCCGUGUGUGGGGUGGGAUUCACUCGCACCCGGAACCUGCUGUUACACCAGCGACUUCACACUGGAGAGAGGCCAUUCACCUGCUCUGACUGUGGGAAAGGAUUCAUUCGGUUAUGCAGCCUGCAGACACACCAGCGAGUUCACACUGGGGAGAGACCGUUCCCCUGCUCUGACUGUGGCAAGAGAUUCACUCAGUUAUCCCAUCUGUUGAUACACCAGCGAGUUCAUACUGGGGAGAGGCCAUUCACCUGCUCCGUCUGUGGGAAAGGAUUUGCUCACACCUGGAACUUGCUGAGACACCAGCGAGUUCACACUGGAGAGAGGCCGUUCACCUGCUCUGAGUGUGGGAAAGGAUUCGGUUGGUUGUGCAGCCUGCAGACACACCAGCGAGUUCACACCGGGGAGAGGCCGUUCACCUGCACUGAGUGUGGGAAGGGGUUCACCCAGUCAUCCAACCUGCUGACACACCAACGUGUUCAUAGUGCGGAGAGACCAUUCAUCUGCCCAGUGUGUGAGAAGGGAUUCAUUCAGUUAUCUCAUCUGCAAAAACACCAACGAAUUCACAAGUGAUAAAAAGGAUUGGAUUCUGCUGUUAUUGCUGCUGUUCGUCACACCCAGGACUGAACCAUGUUCAUUCUGACAAUUGAUGAAGUGGGAGGGUUUCUUUCUGCUGAACUGGCCGGUUUCACGGCUUUGCUUCCAGUGGACUGUCGGCCUUUGAGCCUUGUCGCGAAAAUCCGGUUGAUAUUUCACAUGGACCACAGAAUGAAAGGGUGUUUGGAAGGUGAAAGAUAUCUAGUUUGCAUUUCUAUUUGGAAGCCCCCCAAAAGCAUGCCCACUGAUAUAGAAAUGGGGCUGUAGUGGUUAGAAGUUUCUUUUGUUCUGUUUAUGUGGUGUUUCUCAUGAAAGGAAACUACAAAGGUAUGAGGGGCAAAUUGGCUGUGGUAGAUUGAGAAACUGCAUUAAAAGGUAUGAUGGCACACAGGCAAUGGCUGGCAUUUAAGGAAUUAAUACAAGGAACAAAAACCCAACAGGAAAGUUGAUGCAACAGUGGUUAAUAAGAGAAGUUAAAGCUUGCAUUAGAUCAAAGGAAGCGGCUUAUAAAGUGGCCAAAAAAGUAGUAGGCCUGAGGAUUGGGAGAUAUUUAGAAUGCAGCAAAGGAGAACCAAGAAACUGAUAAAUAAAGAAAAGAUAGAACAUGAGAAUGCACUGGCGGGAAACUUAAAAAAAUGACCAUAAAAGCUUCUGCAGAUAUGUGAAAAGGAAAAGGUUAACAAAGACAAGUAUGGGUCCAUUGCGGAUGGAGACAGGGGAAUUUAAAUGGGGGAAUGAGGAAAUGGCAGAGAAACUAAACAAAUGUGUGUCUGUCCUCAUGGAGGGAAAAUGCAGAAAUUGCCCCAAAGAUACUAGAGAACCAAGGGACUAGUGAGCAUAGGAACUGAAAGAGAUUAGUAUUAAUAAACAAGCACCAGAGAAAUUAAUGGGACUGAAAGCUGAUAAAUCCCCGGGAUCCGAUGAUCUACAUCCCAGAGUGUUGAAGGAGGUGGCUGUAGAGGUAGAGGAUGCAUUGGUGGUCAUCUUUCAAAAUUCUAUCGUUUCUGGAAAACUCCUGCAGCUUAGAAGGUGGCAAAUAUAACUCCACUCUUUAUGAAAGGGGGGAGAAAAUGGGGAAUUACAGAUCUGUUAGUCUGACAUCAGUAGUAGGGGCAAUACUAGAAUCCAUUAUAAAGGAUGUGAUAGCUGGUUGCUCAAAAAUAAUGAUCUAAUUAGGCAGAAUCAACUUGGAUUCAUGGAUGGAAAUCAUAUUGAAACCUGUUGGUGUUUUUUGAGGAUGUAGCUGGCAGAACAGAUAAAGGGGGACCAGUGGAUUGAAGCUUUUGGAUAUUCAGGAGGCUUUCGAUAAGGUCCCACAAAAGAGGUUAGUCAGAGGAAUUAGAGCACAUGAGAUUGGGGGAGCUUUACUGGCAUGGAUUGAGAAUUGGUUAAUGGACAGAAAACAGACAGUAAGAAUAAAUAGGUCUCAGGUUGUCAGGCUGUGACUAGUGGGGUACCGUAAGGAUCAGUGAUUGGGCCCCAGCUAUUCACAAUCUACAUCAAUGAUUUGGAUGUGGGAAUCAAUUGUAAUAUUUCUAAGUUUGCUGAUGGCGACGUGGGAAUGUGAGUUGCAAGGAGGAUUCAAAGAGGCUUUCAAGGGGUUUCAGACUAGUUGCGUAAGUGGGCAAGAACAUGGCAGAUGGAUUAUAACGUGAAAACAUGUGAAGUUAUCCAAAGGGACCUGGGUGUCAUUGUUCAUGAGUUACCGAAAACUAACAUCCAGUUGUAGCAAGCAAUUAGGAAGGCAAAUGGUGGCCUUCAUUUCAAGAGGAUUUGAGUAGGGGAGUAAAGAGGUAUUGCUGUGUUUGUAUAGAACCUUGGUGAGACCACACCUGCAGCACCAUGUCCAGUUUUGGUCUCUUUACCUAAGGAAGGUUAUACUUGCCGUAGAGAGAGGGCAACAGAGGUUCAUCAGAUCGAUUCCUGAGGUGGCAGGAUUGACCUGUGAGGAGGGAUUGAGGAGAAUGGGCCUAUAUUCUUUAAAGCUUAGAAGAAUGAGAGUUGGUCUCAUUGAAAUUUACAAAAUUCUUACAGGGCUCGACCUGGUAGAUGCAGGAAGGAUGUUUC